UCUGUCCGUUAGAACGGUACGCGCCACAUCUUCACAUUCGUGCUACAUUUGAUUCGAGCAUCAUCUCGAGAAGAGCAACAGUUAUGCUCUCAAAUCAUUGUGUCAUUGGCUGACAAGGUCCAAUAUCGAAUUUCGUCACGCGUUUCUGCGCGUACGUAUGGCGUAUGGCCUACUCUAUGGUAUGGCAUCACGGGACAUUGUUCUUUGCUUCCUCCUCGCCGCCUUCCUUUACUCGAGUUUCGGUCAAGCGAUGCCAAAGUCCGAGGUCCAGCCAGAAUUUCUAGAACUUCUGGAGAACCAUACGGUCAUUCAAGGUCGUGACGUCUCCUUCACCUGCGUCGUUAAUCAUCUUCAAUCUUACAAGGUCGCCUGGAUGAAGUACGACUCCAAAGCUAUCCUGGCCAUUAAUACGCACAUGAUCGCUCAAAACCCACGGUUGUCUGUCACUCACAAUGGACAUAACACGUGGAAACUGCACGUGACCAACGUCCAGCCGAACGACUCUGGCACGUACAUGUGUCAAGUUAAUACGGACCCUAUGAGGAGUCAGACUGGAUACAUGUCAGUGGUGAUACCGCCCGAUAUUAUGGAUUUGGACGAUUCUGCCGACCUCCUGACAGCGAAAGAGAACAGUGAUCUGCGAUUACGAUGCCGGGCAACGGGAACACCGAAACCCGUGGUCACUUGGCGGCGGGAAGACGGACGAAAUAUUACUCUCCGAACGGAGCACGGUGUUCAACGAGUAAAGUCGUACGAAGGGGAGCAACUUCAUCUGGCGGGCAUUCUGCGGCAGGAGAUGGGCUCUUACCUUUGCAUCGCCUCGAACGGCGUGCCGCCAACGGUCAGCAAACGAUAUUACGUGAACGUACGAUUUAAACCGCUGAUUAAAGUCUCGAACCAAUUAGUAGCGGCACCUGCUAACAGCGACGUCGUUCUUCAUUGCUACGUCGAGUCCUGGCCGAAGGCACUGAAUACGUGGUACAGAGACGAUGGUAUGAAAUUAUUGUCGGACGAGAAACACGAUCUAGCAGAGGUUCCACUGAACGAUUACGCGUAUCGAUUGAAGCUGACCAUUAGCAGACUGAACAGGGAUGAUUUCGGCAGCUACACAUGUUCGGCGGAAAAUUUACUCGGCAAAACUGAAGGAACGAUAAGACUACAAGAGAUGCAUUUAGCGAAGACUACUUCGGUGCCCAUUCGCCACAACUCGGAAUUCAUCGACAGAUACGGAUCGAAGAAGCAAAUGGAGAGAAAAUCAAAACACCAUGGAUUCGGGCGGGAAGGAGGUUCAUUGUCGAAAAAUAGCGAGAAUAUGGGUCACGCGACACCGGUGUUGAGGAGAAACAGUUUGAACGCGUUGACGGAUGUCACAGUGAAAAAAUCGAAAGUUUCAUCAUAUCCGGCGCCCGCACCUGCGCCAGCGCAUUCUACACCGACUCAACUGAGCGUUCAGAAUAGCGUCAUGUCGCUGCAACACUCGCGAUUAAACUGCGUAGGAUUAAUGUUCGCUUUUCUAGUGAUAGUGAUCUCUAGCUCGUAAACAGUCGGCUGUUUCGAAUGUACGAAAGAGUACAAAUUUCAUCGUAGGGAUUACAGAAAAUAAAAAAAAAGGAGGAAAAAGACGAGGGAAAAAGAAAAAAAAAAAGGAGAAAGGAAAACGGUAUCUCGAGAAAUGCCCAUUCUAACCUAACCAUCGUUUGUUACUUUUUUACUUUAAGAAUCAUGUUUCAGGUUCAUCGAAGAGGUUUCUUUUAUGUUCCAUUUUUAUCUCCCAUCCGAGAAAUCGUCGACGAUGCUUCUGUCGUGUAGUAAAAGGCACGCACAAUUUUCGAACUCAUAGGUGUAGUUCACGUGUGUGUGAUCAUGUCAAACGCAUCGGUGUACGUCGUAUUGUGGUGAAAAUAACGAACGGUUUUUAUGACAAUAACUAUACAUGUAUACCUACGAAAAAUCAGUAGGACUAAUCGAUCACCGAUAAAGCUCGCAAACCGUCGUCGGAUACACGGAAAGAAGCGUACAUCUUCACCGAAUCGAUGAAUCGACGUUUACAACUCGGUAUCUUGUGUCAGGCUACCGAACACAGAUGUACAGUUAUUUUCAAGCGUGAACGGAGACGUUAAUUGUUUAUACGUAUUUUGUGCGUGUGCAUGUUGAGAGAAAUCGUUAUUCGCUGCUUUCAACAAAUUCGUUAGAAGAAUCGAUUUGCUCAGGCAUGAAUGUGAUCGAACGAACGAUACAUGGCCCAUUUUUGCACAGUCGAUCAUCGGUUCAUGAACGUUUUCAUUAGCAACAAAUGAAUGUAUUGUUUAUCGAUGUUAACGCCUGAGUUGUGUAUCCGUGUA